GAAUCAUUAACACCUCGAAUAAUCUGCUCGAAUUCCCUACAACCCAACCACUCGAAUCUGCCAAACACACCCAGCUUAACCACCAUCACCACCACCAAAAUGUCCGACACGAUUGAAAAAGUCCUCACGACAGCCGCCCCGGCCCCCCUCCCCCAAUUCUCCCAAGCCGUAAAAUACAACGGAAUGGUCUACUGCUCCGGCAACAUCGGCAUCCUCCCCGACAAACCAGGCAUGGUCCAGGCGGAAGGCACCGUCAAAGACCGCACCCGCCAGGCCCUCAAGAAUCUCUCCGCCGUUCUCGAGGCCGCAGGCAGCUCCCUCAGCAACGUCGUAAAGGUCAACAUUUACAUUACGACCAUGGCCGACUUCGCCACCAUGAACGAGGCGUACGACGAGUUCUUCACGUUUGACCCCAAGCCCGCCCGCACGUGCGUAGCCGUGCAUCAGCUGCCGCUGGGCACCGAUGUCGAGAUUGAGUGCACGGCUUUCCUGAACAAGCCGGCGCAGAAGCUGUGA